GCGGCCACGGUUCGCAGGUGAGCGGCGCUCGGGCUUCCGCAUCCGGUCGGUGUCCAGCGGGCGAGACGCCCUCCCCUACGUUCGGGGUCCGUUUCCCCGGUUCGGUGCCCGACGGAGGCGAGCACCCGGGAUAUACUUUUGGCAUCAUGGAUCGGUUUGGAGAUAUCUCAGAAGGUGAAGUAGACCAUUCUUUCUUUGACAGUGAUUUUGAAGAUGCAAAGAAAUGUGAAAGUAAUUCCAUUUUUGACAAGCAAAAUGAUGAUGACCUUAAGGAAGGAAUAAAUAAGGACACCAAAAAUGUAAACUUGAAAUUUGGAAUACAAAAUGAUGACCUUAAGGAGAAAAUAGAUAAUAACACAGAAAAUGUGAACUUGAAACUUGGGAUACAAACAAAGGAAAAUUACCUUACUCAGAAAGGAAAUGAAAGAAAAGCAAACUUUUCUUCAAAGGAGCAACAUAUAGAAAAUGAUCCUACACAAACAAGAAGUUCCUCAGUGUUGACUUCUUCAAGAUCAAAAAAAUCGUGUGAUGCUACAAAAGGACAUAAAUUAAACUUGCCCGUUCCAAAUAGAAUUCCUAAAAUUGUGAAAGGUGAGGAUGAUUACUACACAGAUGGGGAGGAAAGCAGCGACGAUGGGAAGAAGUACGUGAGGUCUAAGUCAGCUAAGCCCUCUAGUAACUUAAAAAAAAACGUGAGUAAGAAGUAUUCCAAAAUCAGUUCCUCCUCCUCUUUGUCUUCCUCAUCUUCAAGAUCAAACUCAGACUGCUCAGAUAUGGGAUCUGACAGGCAAAAUAAAUCUGAUUCACACUCAUCAGGGAAAUGUGUUUCUAGUGUAACCCCCUCGUCACCAAAACAGAGGUGUAAGUCAGGAAGAAAAUCAAGUGCACAGCCUUCCAGUACUAAAAAAACUGGUGACUAUCAUGAAUCUGAAGACAAUAUAACAGAUGUAACUCCUUUGUCAACGCCAGAUAUCAGCCCUGCCCAGUCGCUUGAGUUGGGCCAAUCACAUGAUCAAAAAGUAAAAGUUAAAAAACAAGAAAAUGUGAGCCGAGAUGUAUAUGAGGAUGUGGAGGCUUUAAAGAAUGAUUCAAGAUGUCCGAAAUCAGCCAAAAGAAAAGAAAAGCAUGGACAGAAUUUUGCUCCCAAAUCAUCAGUGUUAGAUGCAAAUCUAGACCGUAGAUCCAAACAAAAAGUCUUACAUGACACAAUGGACCUUAAUCAUCUGUUGAAAGCUUUCCUGCAAUUAGAUAAAAAGGGACCACAGAAACAUCACUUUGAGCAGCCUUCAAUAAUACCUAGGAAAAACUACUCCUUCACAAGAGAAGAGGUGAGGCAGAUUGACCGGGAAAAUCAGAGGCUUUUGAAAGAACUGUCAAGACAGGCUGAAAAACCAGGAAACAAAAGUACAAUUUCCGGAAGAUCGAUCGGCCAUCCCCCUAAGUUGUAUCAUAGUGCUCUCAACAGACAGAGGGAACAACAAAGGAUUGAAAGAGAAAAUAUGGCUUUAUUGAAACGGCUUGAAGCUGUGAAGCCAACAGUUGGCAUGAAACGCUCUGAACAGCUGAUGGACUACCAUCGGAAUAUGAGUUACCUCAAUCCUUCACCGUCCGUCCGACGAGUGAGAUCUACUCUUGGCCAUUAUAGCCCACUGAGAGGAGCUUCCAGGACAUCCAGUGCGACCAGUGGUCUCAGCUGUAAGACUGACCCAUCAGUGUUGGACACAUCCAGUGGCUUUUUGCUAAGACGGAAACCCCCGAAUGUUCGUACUGCUUGGUUGUAAAACCUUUUUUUAUGAUAUACAUUGUUCAUCUGUUUGUCCUAUUUUAACAAUGUAUUUUUCUGUACUACUAUAACUAUUUGCAAACAUCUGUAAUACUUUUUUUCAACAAUUUAUACAACAAUGAGUAUAAUUUAUUGUUAUUCAGUGCAAAUUGUUAUCAAAAGACACUUUGAUGUAAAAUCAGUGUUUCAUGUGGUGGCAUAUUUAUAGGAGCUGUAUGUCUAUUUAAUAGAGAGAGGUGUUACACGUGACUAUUUCUUCAAUAUAGAAACUCAGUUGUGUUGACAAAACAGCAGUGGUGACAAUCUGUGUGGAAGCCAAGACACUCACUAUAUGGCUCUUAAUCUAUAUGAUUUUCAGUUUUUGUAAGUGCUAAACAAGGAGCUUACCUUGUAAACUUAAGUACCUCGUGCUUCUGUCUGCUUUAGAUUGUCUGUAACUCGAGUCAUCACUUGCUUAUGUGAGUGUUACACUCCUUAUGAGAAGGCUUUGAAAUUUGUCUCCAUGGAGAAGCUGACUUAGAUUUGAGGAGGAGGUGAGGAGCUUGUACUGGUGCAGUUCUUGAUUCACCGAAGACGCUUCUCCUAAAGAGUCCGAGUAUCCAUCCAGUCCGUCUCACACUGUGAAUAACAGGGGUUCACUUCAGAAGCUUCUGUCUCGGUUUUUUAUGCAGUCUAGUAAAAUACUCUUAAGGAUUCUGAGGCAAGAGGUAGGCUUGUGAGUUAUGACUGGUUUGUAUCUAGAUCAUUUGCAUAAUAAACAAAAGCAAGUAUUUGUAGGAUCAGUGAGCAACACUCCCAGCUUGAAGAAGCGCAUACCUAGGGUAUGUUACAGCGGUGUUGGGAAUGACACUGGUAGUCACUAUGUGUGCCGUCAUUGUGUAUUUAUUGUAGUAAUAGAAGGCUUAGAGUAAGGAAGAAAUGCUCUAGAGAAACCAAAUAUAAACAAGAAAGAAACUAAUUGCACAUUGGUUAAAGCUGUUGCCUUGAUGCUAGGGAAUUCCCUUGCUUUUGUUUGGCUGAACCCUAGAAGCAUCAUCCUUACCAGCCUCACAUUUUAAGGUCUGUUAAUCCUCAUGGAAUUGCUAGUGACACAUAGGUGUGAAACAGUUGACUAUGAAAAGUGGAAUAGUUUCCUGUCAACCUAGAGGCUGUUCUUUUUUAGAGCAAAACGUGUGAUAUUUCAUACUCAUAACCUUUUCAUUGCUGGUCUUGUCAGCAUAUCUUUAGUAGAUAUAUAUGUUUCAUAUUCAAUGACACGUUUUUCUUAAAAUAUGAGUUUUGCCUAGCUACAGAGAGAUGUGUCUGGUGUCGGUGCCCCAGCACUAUAGCAUGUGUGCCACACCUGCUCCACCUUCCUUAUCAGGGAGGCAGACUGUACUUAACAAACACCAGGGCAUGCAUUGCUGGUCUUACUUUAAUAGACAAUGUUUCAGAUAGAGCAAUGAAGGGAAGAAAUGGUGAGGCCAAAAAUAAUGUUGAGCACAUAUAGCACACACACGAACACACACACACACAAACAUACACACAAACACAAACAUAUACAAAAUGGGUCGGAACACAACAUGACUGAUGGUUCCCUGCUGCUUUUGUAGGGCUGUAACAUUCUUCAGCAAUUUAUCUCUUUGUUCUAGUGAACAAGAUUCUAUACAUGCUUUAUAUACCUCUUAGCUGUACAAACAAAGGAUUUAUAUUAUCUUAGUUUUUAACACUGCACUUUUAAUAUUUUUGUAACAACUUAAAUUUAAAAUGCAGCAUUUUGGCAUUUGCCCAGUAGUGAAUUAAUCACUUGAAAGCAGAUUUUGUGGUGGAAAUAAAUGUAUAUAUGUAAAACCUUUUAUGUUCACAGUGGCAUUAGCCUAUGAGUACAUUUUAUUUGGUCUCUCCAGGUUUCAUAGAUAAAGCUAGAAUUUGAUUUUAAAUGCUAAUUUAUAUCUUAGUUUUUACUAUUUGGAAGAAGCUUAUCUAAGUAUUACUGAUAACAAGGAUUCAACUUCAAAUAAAGGACAACCAUCUUUUAAAAACAACUUAGCAUGUUAUGUCAUAGGUGCAUAGAUAUGGUGACUGUAGAGAUGGGCAGGGAUUACAAAUUUAGCACUCGGUUUUGGAAGUCAAGGUACCGUAAGGUAGGAUUAGGAAGCAUUUGCAGUGGAGCAGUCGUGAGUACAUUAAUCUCUUCAGCCUCACCAACACAAGUCUGUCGGGUGAGUAGCACUGUUGCAUGGUUGGCUGACUGGUCCUUACCACACAUACUUGGAAGAUCCGCAUCUGUAGCUAGACAGCGUGCAGGUCUGCUGGUUAGUAGACAGAUCUGAGAACUGUUUUCAUCUCUAUUAAAUGUUAUCUCCUUUUCUAGUAAGUUUUUGUGAAAGAUUUCAGAAUAUUAAAGUGACUUCUUAAGGAGUAGCUACUACCUCACCCUCCUCGUCUUUCAGUCUCCAUCCACACCCACUCUCACAGCUAUUCAGUCACCCUGUGCUUUGCUUGUAAAGUAACACCAUGCAGUUGUGCUCAACCCAAGUAUCAAAACGGGCUACGCGGCUUUGAAAGGUGAUUGUGAUAGGUCUGCUUCUCAUCUGCAGAUACAGUGCAGCAACUCCAAAGUAUUAAGAUUACAGUAAAGCUGAAGACGCGCCUUUGCCCUGGUUAGCAACGCAAAACCUGUAUCAUCAUAAAUGCCAAAGCCUUAGUGUGUAAAUGUCUGUACACCAUCACAGCGAAUGAGCUCACUGCUAAUGGCCGAGUUGCUUAUUUUCAUGAAUAAAGAUUAGCAAGAAACUUUUAAACCAUCUUUUUAAAAAAAUGAUCUAGUUUGUCAUAUUUUAGGCAUGAAGAACUAGCUUGGCCUACUGAAAAAAUAAAAGAUUUAAAGAAAACCAA